AUGACUCUUGACGCGAACUUGAAAGUGCGGGAGCAAAAUGCCGCUGACUUCCAAAAGGCAAAACCCGCAAAGGCAAGUUUGCCUUGUGCUCGUCCAUCAUAUUCGAACCGCGACAACGUAACAAAGGACAUCAUUAUGGCUGGUCCGUCCGCAAGCGGGACAAAGAAACCAUCUCGCUUGCUCGCUGCUUUGGAUGAUUCUGGCCUAUUUGGACUUACACCAAAUGUCGGUAUACCUAGCGCGCAAGCUACUCCAGCGCAGCUCGCUCCCCAGAAGCGAAAAUGGGUCGAAAGUCCCCAGCUGACAGACAUAAACGCGAUCAGACAUGAAUCUUUGAAUGUAGCAAUACACGGGCCUGAGUCACCACUCAAUAAAUCUUCGCAGCCAGGCGUUGCACCUAGACCGAGCUCUCCACAAAGAAGUUUUGUAUCAAAUGCGCUGACCGUGAUGGGCUCAGGCUCCCAGCUAAGAUAUGAUGACGAAGCUCCGGUCCUUAGCAUCGACAGAGGCGGUACUGAUCAGGAACAAAGAAUGGCUGAUUUCGUAACGAAAUCCAUUGAUAAUCUUAGCCAUGGCCGUACAGUUCAGGAUGCUAUGGAGAAUCUAAAUUUGAGAGACCAAAAGGACCUUAUACCAGGUCUUGAGAUUCGUCUUCUCCCUCACCAGCUUAUUGGAGUUAGCUGGAUGGUGGAUCAAGAGCUUCAUUCGCCUCACAAAGGUGGUAUCCUUGCAGACGAAAUGGGAUUGGGGAAAACCGUCCAAAUGAUUGCUACGAUGGCAAUGAAUCUACCCGAAGAACAUAGUGCAGCCCGGUCAACUUUGAUAGUUGUACCGGCCGCGCUUCUCUUGCAGUGGAAAGAAGAAAUAGAAACAAAGACAAACAGUAUAUUUACUGUCCAUGUCCAUCAUGGUCGUGACAAACUCAAGAAUGUUGAAGCUGUCAGAUCGAAGGAUGUCGUGAUUACGACGUAUCAGACACUAAACCAGGACUUUAUCGCCCCGCCUGAUGUAGACAGCGGUGACGAACAGCAGUGGUUAGCAAAACAUGGUGGUACGCUAGCUCGCGUUAAAUGGUACAGAGUUAUACUCGACGAAGCGCAAUUCAUUCGGAACAGGUCUACCUCUUGUAGUCAGAGUGUCGCAAUGUUGCGCUCGACGUAUCGAUGGAUGCUGACGGGUACUCCUGUCACCAAUACCCUGGCCGACAUAUAUGGACUUAUACGUUUUGGAAGAUUUAGGCCUUGGAACGACUGGAACGAUUUUAACGUGUAUAUUGCCAAAAUGCAACGAGAUGACCCCCCUCUAGCUGCUUUCCGUGCUCAAGAGAUUCUAAAACCAUUGUUACUCCGUCGAACGAAGAACUCCGAAAUAGAAGGAAAGCCAAUCCUACAGCUACCUCCGAAGGAUAUCGAAUUAGUGACGCUAGAAUUUUCCAAGGACGAGCGCGAAGUAUACGAUUCCUUUGAGAAGAAGAGCAAGAUUCAAGUCAAUCGUUUCAUUAAGGCCAGGACCUUGUUGAAGAAUCACGCAUUUGUAUUGGUUUUAAUCCUUCGUCUUCGUCAGCUGUGCUGUCACCCACAGCUCAUACUUAGCCAAACUGAGGACUACAGUGAUCCGACCUUACUGGUCUCAGAUGAUAAAGAGAAAGAGAUUGGCCGUGCCAUCAAAACUAUGGGAUGGCCGUGGGUCACUGAUAUUAAGAAGCGAUUCCUAACGCGUGCUUUGGCAAACGACAUGAUGAUGUUUAGCGACGAAGCAGAUGAGCCUGAAGCCACCUGUCCUGUCUGCAAAGAUUUGUACAUGCAUAAUACUGGUCGUAUAUUAGCAUGCGGCCACGAGCUCUGCUUUGACUGCAUAAUGGACUUGAAGAAUGCGCCUAUCGCUCAUGACGGACAAUUCGGUCAUGGUAAUGAAAAGGAGAACCUAAAAUUAGAGAAAGAGUAUGAACUUGCAGUAGCCAAAGGCUUCCGGCCAUGUCCCACUUGCAAGAAGAUGAACGAUUUUAGUCCUAAUAAAGUUUUUAUAUCCUCUGCAUUCGAACCAGAUGAAGAGGCUCUCGAGAAGGCUGCUAAUGCCAAACGCAGAAAACGACGCAUGCCUGCGAAGACAGAAGACAAUGAUGACGAGUCGGAUAUAGAAUCGAAACCCGUUAUUCGGUCGCCGAAGAGGUUUAGGGGUGACACUCCAGAAGGGGAAAGCUCCGACGAUGAUCUCCCUGAUUUUUCACAGAUGUUUGCUAGUGAUACAUCCAAUACCAAGAAGACCAAAUCAAAAGCGGCUGCAAAAAAAGUUGGGUCUUCGUCGUCCAAGCAGCUAAAGCCUAUCAACGACGAUGAUGUGAUCGACCUUACCAUGGAUGAUAUUUCUACUAAGGAUCUCACUGAGAGCUCUGACGUAGAAAUAUCUGCGAUCACCUCCAGUCCUGCUGCGUCUAGUUCCCCAUCGUCUCCCACUAAGCCCCGCCGAGGUAAGAAGGGUGGUAAGCAAGUAAACGAGUCCCGGAAAAAAGGAAAUGGCAAGCAUAACGAAGCAUCUAAUGGGAUGUCUGACGCUCUGAUCGCAACGUGGAAAAAAGGAGACGAUGAUUUAGAGCCUAGUACCAAGAUGAUGGCUCUCAUUCGAUUGUUGCAAGAGUGGGACGUGAGCGGAGAUAAGACAAUAUGCUUCUCACAGUGGACAUCAAUGAUAGAUCUUGUUGAAAUCCUGCUCUCCAGAUAUGGAAUUCAAAAUCUACGAUAUGAUGGUGGAAUGGACAGGACUGCGAGGGAUAGAGCAUUGUCGGCGUUUAAGCAACAAGAUGGGCCAAAGGUCAUACUCAUCAGUACAAAAUGCGGUGGAGUGGGCCUUAACCUUGUGGCCGCGAAUCGUAUCAUAAAUCUGGAUUUAUCUUGGAACUAUGCAUCAGAGUCGCAAGCGUACGAUCGAGUGCAUAGACUGGGCCAAGAGAAGGAUGUAUUCGUGAAACGUCUCGUCGUGAAAGACACGAUUGAGGAGCGAAUGCUCAAAUUACAAGAUGUCAAAGUUGGACUUGCAGAUGCCGCACUGGGGGAGGGCACGGGCAUCAAGUUGCAUAAGAUGAGUGUUAGGGAGAUUAAAGCUUUGUUUGGGAUGACUUCCAGUAAAUGA